UAGCAUGUAGCGAUGUAGUUUGUGAUAUGAGUGUGUCAGGAUCUAUCAUAGAUUUUCGGCCAGGAAGCGGCAGGAUGUCAUUCACCAGUCGCACGAUUAUUUGAGGUAGUCCUUCGAAGAAGCCGGCGAAGGUCAUUCGAAGAUUCAGCAUGGCUCACCUAAACGGUGUGUUGAAGGCCGUGGAAACGCUGAAUGGGUUACUGGAGUUGGACACUCCGUCGGAUCCUGGAGCAAGUAGGAAGGAGAAGGUAUCAUGCUGUGCUAUCAUCGUCGAGGGAAUAUGUUCGCCGACUGUCAGACAGAACACCAAAUUUCCACAGAUUCUCAGUGCCACAAUUGAAACCUUGUUGGCACUCUGUAAUGACGAUGAGUCUGAUGUCAGGAUGGUCGCAGAUGAAUCUCUUAAUAAAAUUAUCAGGGCGAUGGUCGACAGUAAUAUCGUUAAAAUUCAGAUAGAGCUUUAUAAUGAAAUAAAAAGAAAUGGACCUGCACGCAUACUGAGGGCUGCUCUUUGGAGAUUUGGUUUGCUAAGUCACAUGAUACGUCCUUCAAGGGGCAAAGCUUAUGUAUCAAAUCUGAUCCCAUGUAUAGUGAUUAUUGCGCAUCGGUCAGAGGAUUCUGUAAUUGAAACGUUAUCGCAAUCAUUACCAUUAAUUUUUAAAGUAUUAGGACCAUUCAUGACAGACAAGGAUGUCAAGAAUUUGUUGAGAGCGUUCUUUGAAAAUAUUUCCUCUCCUCAGGCAGUUUUCCGUAGGGCAGCAGCUAGUAUGAUUCUGACAACGUGUAUAAAUUGCAGAAAACCACAGUUUUUUUUAAAUUAUGUGUUGGAUUAUAUAUUAGAUAUAACAAUAUUAGGAAGAAACGUCGAGGAUCAUUCCUCUACUGUUAUAGGCGUCUUUGGAUGCCUCAGAGUGAUUUUACCUUACAUAUGUAAACCCUUGGAGCCUCAAGAUGUUGAAACACAACAGAUAGAUAGUCUGUUACACAUUUAUGAAUUGUGUUUGCACUAUACAAAAUGGCAUUCUGAUCAUAAUAUUGUAAACGCAGCUUUAGAGACUUUGACACAACUUCUAAAAAUGCCUCCAAAACCACUAGUGUCUGUUUUAUUGUCUUCAGAAGGCAUAACACAAAGCAGAAUAAUAUUAAAUCAAAAUGCAUGCAUUCCCUCGCUGGGCCACACAAGUCUUUCCAGCACGAGUACUGCUUGUGGUGCAAAUUCGGAUUCUAUUUUAAACUUGCACGAGCCUGAUAUUCCGGAGAUUACUCCAAAUGCAGAAUGGAUCGCAGAUACGGAAAUGACAUUGCCAGUCACGUGUAAUUUACAAACACAGAAUGAAUGUAUGAGCGACGUUACAGAGACGAAAGAAAGGAUAUUAGAAAGUUAUUGCCAUUUGAAAAUCGAAACUACUGACAAUUCGAUUGUGGAGGAAUGCAGUGAUAUCGAAAGCGAGAUGGAAAAAUCCGAGAAAACACCUUAUCCAAGCCUGCAAAGUGAACACUCAAAGGAGGAAGAUUACUCAGAAGAAAACACUCUAUCGUUCGCUUCUCCUAAGAAGUCCUCCCUGGAUUUCGCAUUGUACGAAGUGGACGUUGGAAGUUUCACAGACUCGGAUAUGCCUGUUAAGUUUUGCUGUCGUUACUUGGUGUCGUCCUUUUUGUUGGCUGGCAAACCCGGGCAAUUGAUAUCUGACAAGUUAUUUCGUGUUAGUGUAAAAGCUCUCGCUCUGACAUGCGUGGGUUACAUUCUCAAACUUUAUCCACACUUAUUUACAAUGACCGUGGCCAAAGAGUCAAGCUGCAAUGAGACAAACCAAUUGAUUGCAGACAUUUUGCUAUUUGCCAAUCACCCAGAUCCUCAGAUCAGGGGUAAUAUAACGAUGGUAAUUGGAAUCUUUUUAAAGUCUAUAUUUGUUCAGUAUGGCGGUUCCUUCCUGAACUUUGAAACGGAGUGUGUGGCUCAACAAGGACGUGGAAAUAUAUUAUUGGAAGACGCAAUAAAGUUACUUUUAAAAGGCUUGAACGAUGAUUCCGCGACAACUUGCCGCCAAACGUUGGACGCGUUGAACCUCUGCUUGCCAGAGUUACUAGAUUCCAUCAACAACGAAUACGGUCUUACCAUCUUAACUGCGUUGCCAAAACUUGUGAAAAAUCCAUAUUUUCUUGUGAAAGUAAAAUUAGCUGACUUAUUGAGCAAAUUAUCAUAUAUUACAAUAGAACACAUAACGAGACAAUCGUUAUUCCAAGAACACUUUAUCGAUGUUAUAAUAGCGUUAUUAGGUGAUCAGGACCAAAGAGUGAGACACGCUGCGUCAGAUGCGAUUGUUAAGAGUAUCCCACGUUUAUAUUUUCGACACCCUCAAGAAGAUACUGUUACAAGGAAGGCUACACAAUAUACUCAACAGUUUUUAAGUGCGGUAACAUCAAGUAUCUCGGAACUGUCGUCCUAUCAAGAUAAACAUAAGCCGUUCGUAAACACGUCUAUUAAGCCCUUUGUAUUUCUGAAUCAUCAUAACGAGACGAAUUACGAUUCUAGUCUGGAAUACGCUUUAUCCCGUAUAGUUAACAUUCUAACGGAAAUACUAACGGUGCAUUCUUCAAAAUAUUUAAUAUACGGCUGUUGCGAGACUCUUUUCUGUUUGAGUGAGACUUAUCCCACUACGGUUUACGUCAGAGGAUGGGACUGUAUUUUACCAAAGAUGUUGCUGAAAAAAUCUAAGAAGAAUAGCGAUCGAUCGGAUGCCAAUGAUAUUAGUUUCGUAAAUGAGAUGAUUUCUUCUCCGGUGUGCAGCAGUCUCUUAUCAUUGGCAUUGCCACUGUUAACGUCAUCGACCAUUAGCUUAGAUUUAUCCACACAUCGGCACUUAAUCCUCCUCGCCGGUAAUUUGGCUUCUGGAUUAGCCGUUUGUAAUUUUAAGACUGGUAGUGACCCGAUGAAACUUUGGAGUAUGUGUAAGGACAGAUACAUGGAAUUACUAUUGACACACAUCACGAGAGUUCUCAAUAUCUUCGUCCACGUCAUCGACGAGAUGCAGUUAGUGCAGGCAAGUGCUAAGCCCGUAUUGCCGUCUUUGUCCACGCAAACGUUGUCGCCUAGAAAGAAAAUCCUGUCAGAGCAAAAGUCAAAAGAAAAGGGAGAAAAGAUCGGCGUUUUGAAGAGUGGGAAGGAGCAAAUGGGAACGUUCGUCGGUAUGCCGCAUUACAUGAAGAUAUAUGACAUUCUAAAGGCAGCACACUCCAAUUAUUCGGUCACUCUGCAACAUGAAGCCAGUGAGAUGUAUCUUUCCUUGCUGAACGCAACGUUGGACGUUCUCUCGCAGAUUCUUGAAAUCGCAUCUAUCAACGAAGCAGGUAGAAUUGCAGAAGAAGUGUUAUGUUAUUUAAAAACCACCGUUGUAUUAUCACCAACGGCAACGGUUCAAUGUGUGCAGCAACUGCUGAAGUGCUUAUUUGGUACGAACAUGUGCGCACAGUGGAGCGAGCUGGACAUACAGAAGAAUGUGGAUCGAUGCAACGCAUUACAAGAUGAUGUUAGAGGUUUUUAUAAUCAGUGCUUUCAACAUCCCGCCAGACAAAUGGCGAAUACGAUAAAAUGCAUUGGGAAUAAUUGCAGAGGUGAAAACGAGCCAGAUAACGGAUGGAUAGGAUUGCUGCGCAGAAAAAGUGAUCGUAAAUUUUCUUCAGUGUUUAAGACUUUGGCACGAUCUUCAGAUCAAAAAACGUCCGUCGCAUCCUUCAUCCGACUCUUCGAACCAAUGGUUAUAAAGUCUCUGAAACAGUACACUGUUACGAGUAACAUUGCGCUGCAGUGCCAGGUUCUGAUGUUGCUGAGUCAGCUGGUUCAACUGAAGGUUAAUUAUUGUCUGCUGGACUCCGACAAAAUAUUUAUCGGAUUCGUGUUAAAGCAAUUUGAAUUUAUUGAGGAGGGCCACAUACAACAAACCGAGGAUCUCUUACCGAGAAUAUUCAAUUUCUUAGUGCACUUGUCAUAUGAGAAAAAUCACUCCAAGGCGAUAAUAGGCAUACCAAAGAUAAUUCAAUUAUGUGAUGGUCUAAUGGCGAGCGGGCAACCAGCGAUCUCACACUGUAUACCCGCGCUCGCGCCUGUUAUUGAGGAUAUAUUUCUCAUCCGUAAUGGAAGUUCAAGCGUGGUCGAGCAACGGGAGUUGGAAACAACAAGAGAUGUGCUAAUAGCCAUGCUACUACGUUUGGUGGAGUAUCACGAAGUAGUCGAACUUUUAGCACUAUGUCUGGCCGAGUCUAGAUUUAGCGGGGAUGGUAACGGCGAGGAGAAAUGGCGAAGAUGGUCCAGACUCACAAUGGACACCGUGCUUCCGAUACUGGCUGCCGGGAAACUCAGAAUAGAAUCCGAAAGGGCUCACGUCGCAUUAGUGAAACUGUUCGCAGCAAUUUCGCCCACAGUCUUUCGACCGGUGGAUCCACUUCUGAAAAUAUUAUUCACCGCAUCAAUACCUACGACCGCUCCAAUCCUCAAACUGAAACGUUGGCUAGGUAUGAUCAACGUCGUACUGCUUUCCCUGAUCUCCUGCGCGAAGGAAGAGGCAAUGCUGGCGCGCCUGUCGGAUCUCAACAUAUGCGUUUCAGACGUGUCGCAUCUGUUAUCGCCACUUCGGAGUUCCUUUUCUCGCGAAUGUGCAGAUCCAUUGAACGCCUCGAGCAUCCAAUCGCGCCAAAUGCCACCUGAGCAAGUAUUUGCUAGAUUCAUAUUCAAAGUGAUCAAUCUGAUAAGCACGAAGGUGUUUAGUCUACUUGGUCUGAUAAAUCACAAGUCUACGGACCCCUUUGUCGAUUUCUCCGAUUACACAGCAGAUGAUAAUUAUCUCGUUCAUCAGUUUGCAUUCUUUCUGCAAUUAUGCAUUCAUAUGUUCGAAUCUGGCAGUCAUUGCAAAGUGGCGAACGCAACAAUGCAGAUGAUUCAGGGGCGCAACGUAUCCGACGAAGAAAAAUUGCUUAUCGACGAAUUAAACCACUUGAUGCUCAGCAUUGGGAACGUGUGCCCAACAGUGACAUGCCAGUGGGCAUAUCUGAUGAUCCUGUUGGGAUACAACGAAAUGUCCUUCUGGUCGAAAGUAUUGGGCACCAGCAAGUUCGAUCAUGAUCGAUCGAACGAAAAGAAAACACGCGAUUGUAUUAACAGCAGUACGAACAUCCAAAUUAUUAGAAGAGGUGGCAUUAUAUUAUUCUGCGACUACAUAUGUGAGAAUCUCAACGAUGUAGAGCCGCUAACAUGGCUGUUAGUAAAUCACAUAGAGGAGGCAAUAAACGUCGCUACCGAAUCUCCGGUGAGGGAUCUCUUGACUACGGCAAUACACAGAAAUCCGGCUGCUAGCGGACUGUUGGUGCAGGCUGUGGCAACAAAAUGCACGGAUUUAUCGCAACCUAGUUUUAUAAAGCGUCUGUUACAAUGUAUCGAGGGUGCACAUCAUUCGCAAAGCGGCGCGGUUAUAAUGACUUUAAUACCACGGCUGUUGUCUACCAAAUAUCUCGCUUUGUCGAGAAUGGCUUCGAAGAUUGCCAGCCGCCGAGUGGAAAUACUGUUAACUACUAAUGCGGAGGAUGUAAAGGAUCAGUUGUCGAAGGAUGAUAUCGUGAAGAUCAUGGACGUCCUGCAAAUCACCAAAUUGGCAAGAAAACACGGUGGCUUAGUCAGCUUAUUGAACAAGCUGGCGGUACAAUAUUACGAUCUGUCACCACUAGAACUUGAUCAAUGUAGACCGUUCAAUCCGUCCACCGUGAAGAGCGUUCAGUUGGAUCGAAAUUGGUUCUUGUCUCAAGUGAGAUUACGUUGCUGCCACGCAAGCGCCAGUAACAAUCCCAUGGAAUUAGCUCAGUUAUUGAAGGACUUGGACUUUGAUGAUUGUCUCAGCAUUCUCUCUUGUAAAGAAUUCAAUUUGAAAAUCUUGAAAUACUGUGUGAUAUUGGGAGCCCGCCUUACUGUCGAGAAGUGCCAAAAAUUGGAAUUCGGAAAAGCACAGAGCGAAAAGGAUUUUUAUUUCGAUGCUAGUCCUUUGUAUGUUGCUGCCAAGCAGUGUUUGUUGGAGCAUAUUCGUUAUAUUUGCGAUCUCGUACCGAAACCACAUCAGAUUUAUAAUCCGGAGACGGACAACAGUAGUGGGAAGGAACUAAAGUAUGCUACUAGAUUCUCCGAGUUGCUAAGUGACGCUCUGUAUUGGGAGAUCCUCUUCACAAUAAUUCCAACUGUCAAGGUUUACAUGAAGACAUUACCGAAACUAGCUAAGUACAAUGUGGCGAAGAUUGAUAUGAAAUUCGAGGAGGAUAUCGCCAAAUUUUCUAUGCUGUGCCUUGAACUGGCACAUUGGAUGAUCUAUUCGGAUAGGAAAGAUGUCCAUAGAUUGAGACCGCAUGACAUGGAUCUCGCGCUAAGUUGCGCGGCCGAAAUUCUGCGGCAUGCCGCUCCAAAUAAGAUUUUUGGUGACAAUGCGCGUUAUACUUGGGUUUGUUCCGCGGCGAUCUCUCUGACGAAAGUCGUAGAAAGUAUACUAACGACGGUGGAUCCCUUGCCGACAAUGGAUUGCCAAGCGCUGAAGCCAGCUCUCCAGGAUGAGGAUACGAAAGAUUACGCCCGGGCGUGCAUUCAAAUGGCAUCGAUAGUGGCCUGGCUCGAAAAGUGUCAGGCGGAUGGCACUACGAGGAACAUACCACCGUAUCUAUUCAAUAUAAUAAAGUCGCUGAUCAUCAGCAUAAGUCGUCAGCCAUUAGUAAACUCUUACAUCUUAACACCUCCAUUAGUGUGGAAACGCGGUUGUCAUGUCAUCGGCUCAGGUCCCACCAAGUGCUACUUUCCGCUUAUGUCAUCGGAAUCUAAUCUUCUGCAGGAUGUGGAUGUCCUGGAGCAGUUUAUCUACCGGGUAAACUUAUUGGGUUGGACGUCGAGGUCACAAUUCGAGGAGAUUUGGAUGGCAUUCCUGAGUGUUCUCAACUUCCUGCAAAAUGAGAACACGCCUUCGGAUGAAGUCGCAGCUUUGAUACAAGCGAGCAGCCUAGCGAUUCAGGCGAUAACGAGAUUAUUACUGCAAACAUUGCUACUGCCGUGUCCUGGCAAUCCUGGUGCUAGUACUCUGAUCCAUCACCCGAGAGAUCCCCAACUUUCCGUGUAUAAAACUAGCUCUCAGAAACUAUUUGCAAUACAGGAACUGCUUCUGUGGAAGUACGAAUAUAUGAAUGAUACGGAAAGUAAGACCGGCUUGAAAUUGGAUCACAUAUUUCAGCGAGGUAAUGUGGAGAGAACUGCGGUUUCCGAUAGAUAUAUGUAUAGCCAACUGUCGGUCUCGUACUUAUGGUCGUUGUGCAAUUUAUACGAGGACAAGUUGAGUGCUUCCGUUCUCGAUUUGAAGAACAGGCGGAACGACGCGCUGAUGUCCGCCUCCCUCGAUUUAGACUCCUGCCUGCGUUUUCUGAUAGAGCACUACACUAUCUGGACGUCACCGCAGGCUAGCACACCUGUACAAUUGUUGACGGAGAUCAUAAAGUCUAUUCUGGCGAUCUCAGAACUCUUCCUCGAGAGAUCUCAAUAUCAGUGGAUGCUGGACGUGUGCCUGGAAGUCUCGAGGGUUCAUCCAAUGGAGAACGCGGUCUUGCAUCAGUAUCUGGCCGUCUCUGUGUGUAAAGCCGCCGCCGUUCUAACGCCUUUGGAUUUGGACACAUUAGAUAAAGUAAAACGUAUAGUGGACGUUAAUUUAAAGUCGGUAUUCCUGGCUUCCAGAGUGUCCGCGCUUCACGGCUCUCUGUACUUGCUGCAAAGCGCGGUACUGGCCAAAUGCGAAGAAACAAUGAAUAUUAUACAUCCUCUGGCUAUUGAAUAUAUACAGAAGCACAUUGAUUCGCAGGAUUCGAAUAGUAUUCUAAGCCAGAGUGAAGAGCAUCAGGGAAUAAUGUGGGCUCUAGUGUUUUUCCUAUUGGAACACGCCGAGGAUACACCACCAGACACGGAAGCGCCGGCCGUGUUGGAAUUAGUCCUUUCUCUAGUCACAUCUCAAAAUAUCUCAUACGGUUUACAUCAAACUCUUUUGCAGGGUCUUGAGAGGCUUGUAGCGACAAAAAGCGUUAUUGGCAAAGUCGCUGAGCAAAUCGUUAAAGUCGCGAUAGACCGGUUGAAGCAACCCAGCCCCCUGCUCGCACUACCAGCAUUACAACUUCUGUUGACGUGCAUGUAUACGGAAGCAGCUGAUCGACUGAAUCAACCUGGUAUCGAAGAACCGUUGCCAGAUGUGGAGCCAGAGACGCUGGUUCGAUCUAUCGAACGCAUUUCCGCGAUAUUCGACAAAAUCCGCAAAGGACAUUCCAUGGAGGUGGAGGUGCUAUGCACAGUUCUGUCGUACCUCCUAGGAGACUUCUUCCCACCUUCGGAAAUUCUCACUAAAGUUAUAGGGGAAUUCUUGUCCCCGCAGCAACCGCAUCCGAGAUUACUCUCUGCUGUUGUCUUUAAAGUCUGUGAGAAAGCGUGUACCUGCACGGAAAUGGAGCUUCUUCAAGACUGGGUGGUCUUCAGUUUACCGAAUUUCAUUCAAAGCUUGCCGAUGGCAAUGUCGACUUGGUGCUUGUCCUGUUUUUUCAUAAGUGCGUCGACAAAUCAUUGGUUGAGAGCUUUAUUUCCGUACGUCCAGUCGAGAAUAGGAAAAUAUGAAUAUGAAGACAAGAAAAUAUUGUGUAUAGCUGCUUCGGAUUUCUAUCAUAAACUAUCUAAAGAAUCUCAAAAGAAGGCAUUUGUCGAGACUUUCGAAGCUGCUGCGAAAGAACCUGGAACUCCAUUUAGCGAUAUUCUAGCCUCCUUUUAGAUAACGCUGCCCAUAGUCGGAAGAACU